UAAAUUUACACACCUCAUCACGUUUAUAUAAAGUUAUUGAAUACUUCUUAGUAUACGAAAACACAUUUUUAUUGUGUUAUUAGGAACAAAAAAGAGUUAUUAAAAAUUCAAACUAAUAGUAACAUUGAAAUCAAAUGUCAGCAGAAUAUUCGUAUUUCGGGGUGAACGCUCCGCUUCCAUGUAGUCCUAGUAAUAUGGAGCGAUUUUUGGUUCAGUGAUGGGUUUCAGUGUAAACGUUCACAACAUUAAACUGACAUUGGCUUCUAGCGAGCAAAAUAUAAUAAAUAGUUUCUAUGUAUCAUGGUAUAUUAAGCAAGAAAGUAAUUGAUGUAUUAUUCUGAAGUGUUCCUCAGCACCUCGAUCAUAAGAACAGCAUCGAAGUAAGAGAACUCGCUCUGCCGUAUACAAAGGGCAUGGUUUUGAAGCAGCUUGCUGACCACUGAGCAUUCGAGGUCUACGAUGUCGGGCUCGGCGGCUCUGAACGCGGGGGCCGCGGCUCUGGGUGGGCUUGGCGGCUCGCUGGAGGACAAAGACUGCGAUCUGUUGUGUCCAGUCUGCUUUGAACUCAUCGACGAGGCCUACGUGACUCGUUGCGGACACUCGUUCUGUUACUCCUGCAUCGCCAAGUCGGUGGAGCUCCACCGGCGCUGCCCUAAAUGCGGCGCGGCGCUCGCCGGUCGGGACCACUACUUCCCAAACUUCCUCCUCAACGAACUAGUUGCUCGCCGGCGGCUUCGCUCGCGUCCACCCGCCGUGAGCGGUCCCGCUGCUGCCGGCUCCCCUUCCAGUGCCGCGGACGCCGACCGACUCCGCGCCCUGCUGGCCUCGGAGGCGCGCCACCUCGCGCUCCCCGACGUGGAGGGGAUGUUGGACGUCCUCACGCGGAGAAAGCGUCUCCUUGAGGCCGAGUCCGCCGCCGCACAUCACCGACUGCUGUACGAGUUCCUGGCGCAGCUUCUGAGGCACCGAACACAUCAGCUCGACCAACUCACCAGGGAGGCCGCGCUCGUUAAGAAGGACAUGGAGCACGUGUCGGGUGUACUGCGGGAACUGCGGGCGGGGGCGGCGGGUUUGGGCGGCGACGCGGAUCCCAGGGACCUUAGGGAUGUACGACCGCGGCUUGGCGAACUUGGUGAUGUACCUCGGAGUCCCCCCAACGAGGAGGAGGAGAGCUUUGCGUCGGCGACCGGCAGCGGGGGAGGGGGAGACGCCCUCGCCGCGCGGUGGCGGAGACUCGCGGCACACUUCGAUGACUUUGUGCAGUGUUACUUCGCCCACCGCGCAGACGAGUUAUAUUUCCCCGGUUCAGGCGCGGCCACUCCAGCCCCGCUCGCCCCCGCCGCCCCUCCGUCCACGGCUUCUUCCUCCACUGCCCCCCCGUCCUGUCCUCCCCCCGCCGGCUCCUCCAGCACACUGGUGGAUGCGGACGUGGUGCCCCAGCAGGCCUCCGCCCCGGAGACCCGCGCCUCCAGCGCCGCCGGAGACCAACGCGCGCCCGAGGGUGACCCGCCCCCACCCAGUGCUCCGCCUCCGCCGCCGACCAGCGUCGGCGGGACGGGAGCCGCGGCCGGCAGCGGCGCCGGCGGUGGCGAGGGCGGCUUCGGAGGACUCGAGGCCUUCCGGGAAGACCUCGCCGCGUUCACUCGCUACCGUUCCCUCCGCCCGCUGGCCACGCUGUCGUACUGCAGCGACGCCAUCAACUACUCAACGAUCGUGUCCACCAUCGAGUUCGACAAGGACGAGGAGUUCUUCGCCAUCGCCGGAGUCACCAAGAGGAUCAAAGUGUUCGAGUUCGAGGCGGUGGUGCGGGACGCGGUGGACGUGCACUACCCGUGCGCCGAGAUGCAGUGCUCCCACAAGAUAUCGUGCGUGUCCUGGAACGCCUACCACAAGAACGUGCUGGCCUCCUCCGACUACGAGGGCACGGUGAGCGUAUGGGACGCGGCGGCUGGCGUGCGUACGCGAGCGCUCCAGGAGCACGACAAGCGCUGCUGGUCGGUGCACUUCAACCGCGCCGACGUGCGCCUGCUGGCCUCGGGCUCGGACGACGCGCGCGUCAAGCUGUGGGCGCUGAACGCCGAGCGCUCGGUGGCCACGCUCGAGGCCAAGUUUAACGUGUGCUGCGUCCGGUUCAACCCGCGCUCCUCCUGCCACCUGGCGUUCGGCUCGGCGGACCACUGCGUGCACUACUACGACCUGCGCGCGCCUCGGGCUCCGCUGGCCGUCUUCCGCGACCACCGCAAGGCCGUCUCGUACGUGAAGUUCGUGGACGCCCGCACGCUGGUGUCGGCGUCCACGGACUCCCAGCUGAAGCUGUGGCGCGUGGAGUCCCCGCGGUGCGUGCGCUCUUUCACCGGACACACCAACGAGAAGAACUUCGUGGGUCUGGCCACCGACGGCAAGUACGUGGCGUGCGGCUCGGAGAACAACGCGCUGUACGUGUACUACGCGGGUCUCUCGCGGCCGCUGUUGGCUCAUCGCUUCGACGCCGUGCGCGGGUUCCUGGAGCGAGAGAGGCGGGACGAGGAGCCCGCGGAGUUCGUGUCGGCCGUCUGCUGGAGGCGAGCCGCGGACAGACCAGCGCUGCUCGCCGCCAACAGUCAGGGAGCCAUUAAGGUGCUAGAGCUGGUGUAGAGGGGGGCCGGGGGGGAGAGUGUUCUAAACUAGGUUGAUAAUUAUAUUACGAGAGAUAUUUAUGUUUAAAUAUUAUGUGACACUUAAGAAGAUUAAUAAUACCAUGGGGAUAUAAAUAUAUGUUCUACAUAUUCCGUAGAGUAAGCGUGUGUACACAUCUGAGUAAUAGUGUGUGUGAAAAUCCGAGUAAUAGUGCGUGUGCACGUCUGAGUAAGCGUGCGUGUGCACAUCUGAGUAAUAGUGCGUGUGAACAUCUGAGUAAUAGUGUGUGUGAAAAUCCGAGUAAUAGUGCGUGUGCACGUCUGAGUAAGCGUGCGUGUGCACAUCUGAGUAAGCGUGCUUGUACACAUCUGAUUAAAGGUGCGUGUGCACAUCUGAGUAAGUGUGAGUGUACACAUCUGAGUAAGCGUGAGUGUACACAUCUGAGUAAGCGUGAGUGUACACAUCUGAGUAAGCGUGAGUGUACACAUCUGAGUAAGCGUGAGUGUACACAUCUGAGUAAGCGUGAGUGUACACAUCUGAGUAAGCGUGAGUGUACACAUCUGAGUAAGCGUGAGUGUACACAUCUGAGUAAGCGUGAGUGUACACAUCUGAUUAAACGUGCGUGUGCACAUCUGAGGAAGCGUACGUGUACACAUCUGAGGAAGCGUACGUGUACACAUAUGAGUAAGCGUGCGUGUACACGGCCAGAUGUUAAUGUCUAUUUGGUGUUUUGACCGACUUCUUAAUUAAUAAAUUAGUGUUGUGAUGUGCUUUACAGUCAGUAAUGGUGUGUUACAGUACUUAGUAUAGGACAUAGGACUGCCUCAAUGAUUGUUUCAUGAUACGAUAUACAUUAUAUAUAGACUUAGGCUGUGCUUAGGAAGCUGAAGUAUCGAGUGAGGUGUUAUUGUUACAUGCUUUUUGUCGGACAUUUCCUUAUGGAGAGCUCGUUGCGACGGCAGAGGCGACGUGGCCGACUAGUGAUGUCUCGAUGUGAUGACAUACGUUAGAUGUUACUUAAAAUCGAUUCUUUCUAAUCGUCUUUCCAUAUUUUAUUGGACAACUCUACUGAUGUUCAGUGUUCAUCCGAUAUAUAGAUUAAGGUGUAAUUCAUUUUAAAUAUUACCGGAAAGGUAAAUAUUAUAUCUUUUGUGAAUUUUUAUGUAAGGCGUCCUACACACGGUACACUGUCGACUGUCGUACAUCCGCCGCAUGUGUGUAAGGCGCCUUUAUAAUUUUAUGUAAGGAGUUUCAUCUCUGUUUAUUCUGUACAUGUGUAAAUACAAGUUACGUUUUA